AUGGAGGUCACCGGAGAAAACCUCACCCUUCUCCAGAAAAUCCGGCCACCAAAUCUCGAAGACGCCGGCUUAGAAGACUGCGCAUUACCUCCAGAUUUGAUCAAAGAAGCUUUUCUCAAAGCAGCCUCCGCCGUUGGCUCACGCGCCGCCUCUGUUUUCGCCGUCGAUGAUGACGAGAUCGACGGCGGAUGUGUGAGUGAUCCUUGGAUUGAAAAACACGCGCCGUCGGAUGCAUUGGUGGGGGUUGAACCUGAGAAAUCGCCUCCGGGAGCAUGCGCCGCCGGGAAGGGUGGCGCGUUGGUCGGAGAUGGUGAGGCGGCGGGUGAUGUGGUGGUUGUCGGAGAGAAAAAUGGGGAGGAGGUGGAGGGUGAGGUGGUGAAUGCUGGCGGUAAUGACGGUGGCCAAGGCGGGGAUUGUGUUGAUGGGUUAAGGGGAUUGGAGAUUAAGGGGAAGAAAGAAGAUGACGAAGAAGAACAAGAUGAGAAGAAACUUACUUUAGUUGAGGUUUCUGUUAAUAUAGAAUAA